CUUCUCCCACCCCCUCCUUGCCGCGUCCAGCCCUGAGCGGCUGGUGGCGAACGCGAGCGGAGAGGAGACACGCAGAGAGCCAGAGAGGGGUGUGGGCAAAAGGAAAACAGGCUGCCAAGCCAGGGCGUUCUUCCCAAUUUGAAAAGGAAGUCGGCUGACGUGAGUUGGUGAAUUAGUUGAAUUUACCAUCCUUUUAUGUGUAAUAUUUGCCUUUGGAAACAAAAAUGAACUUUGCGGAGGGAGAGGACGCGAAGAGGUACUGCAUUAAAACGAAACAUGUGGCCAUCAUCUGUGCGGUGGUGGUGGGGGUAGGAUUGAUAGUAGGACUUUCCGUGGGCUUGACCAGGUCCAGCAGCCCCACCGGGGACGCCGGGCAGGGCCCAGCUCCGGUCCCUUCCCAAGUCCCUUCCCAAGUCCCUUCCCAAGUCCCUUCCCAAGUUCCUUCCACUGAGAGCCCUCCGGAGGACCAGGGGGUCUGCCCUGCCAGCGAAGACGAAAGUGGAGACUGGAAAAACUUCAGGCUGCCGGACUUCAUCAACCCAGUGCACUAUGACUUGGAGGUGAAGCCCUUGCUGGAGGAGGACACGUACACAGGCAGCGUGACCAUCUCCAUCAACGUGAGCGCGCCCACCCGGUACCUGUGGCUGCACCUGCGGGAGACCAGGAUCACCCAGCUCCCCGAGCUGAAGAGGUCCUCCGGGGAGCAGGUGCAAGUCAGGCGGUGCUUCGAGUACAAAAAGCAGGAGUAUGUGGUGAUGGAGGCGGAAGAAGAGCUUGCACCCAGCAGUGGCGAGGGUGCCUACCUCCUGACCAUGAAGUUCGCUGGCUGGCUGAACGGCUCGCUCGUGGGAUUUUACAGAACGACGUACGAGGAGAAUGGACAAAUCAAGAGCAUAGCGGCCACUGAUCACGAACCAACAGAUGCCAGAAAAUCCUUCCCUUGUUUUGAUGAGCCCAACAAAAAAGCAACUUAUACAAUAUCCAUCAUCCACCCCAAAGAAUAUAAGGCAGUUUCAAAUAUGCCAGUGGAGAAAGAAGAGUUGAUGGAUGAUAAGUGGAAUAGAACAACUUUCAGGAAGUCUGUCCCUAUGAGCACCUACCUGGUGUGCUUUGCUGUACAUCAAUUUGACCGUGUUGAGAGAAUAUCAAAUCGGGGAAUACCUCUCACUAUAUAUGUCCAGCCACAGCAAAAACACACAGCUGAAUAUGCUGCAAACAUAACUAAAAUUGUGUUUGAUUAUUUUGAAGAAUACUUUGCUAUGGAUUAUGCUCUUCCUAAAUUAGAUGAAAUCGCUAUUCCAGACUUUGGCACGGGGGCCAUGGAGAACUGGGGACUCAUCACUUACAGAGAAACAAACUUGCUUUAUGACCCUGAGGAAUCAGCCUCAUCAAACCAGCAGAGGGUGGCCAGCGUGGUUGCCCAUGAACUUGUGCAUCAGUGGUUUGGAAAUACCGUGACCAUGGAAUGGUGGGAAGAUUUGUGGCUAAAUGAAGGAUUUGCUUCCUUCUUUGAGUUCCUGGGAGUAAACCAAGCAGAAAAAGAGUGGCAAAUGAGAAACCAGAUGUUACUUGAAGAUGUAUUACCCGUACAAGAGGAUGAUUCUUUGAUGUCUUCACACCCAAUUGUUGUCACCGUGACAAAUCCUGCUGAAAUAUCAUCUGUUUUUGAUGGGAUAUCCUAUAGCAAGGGAUCGUCCAUUCUGAGGAUGCUUGAAGACUGGAUAACACCAGAGAAAUUUCAAAAGGGAUGUCAGACUUACUUGGAAAAAUACAAAUUCAAGAAUGCAAAAACUGAAGAUUUUUGGGGAGCACUUGAAGAGGCAAGUAAUCUACCAGUGAAAGAAGUAAUGGAUACGUGGACCAAACAGAUGGGUUAUCCUGUACUUAAUGUCAAAGAUAGGAGGAACAUCACACAGAAACGCUUUCUGUUGGAUUCAAGAGCUAAUCUUUCUGAGCCACAUUCACCUCUUGGUUACACAUGGAAUAUUCCAAUUAAAUGGACUGAAGAUAAUGUACCAAGUAUUACAAUCUACAACAGGUCAGAAACAGAAGGAAUCACUUUGAACUCUUCUAAUCCUGCUGGAAAUGUUUUUCUCAAAAUAAACCCAGAUCAUAUUGGGUUUUAUCGUGUAAAUUAUGAAGUAAAAACCUGGGAAAGGAUAGCUACCAGUCUUUCCAUCAGGCACAGGGACUUUUCUUCUGCUGACCGUGCAAGUCUUAUUGAUGAUGCUUUUGCCUUGGCAAGAGCUCAACUUCUAGAUUAUAACAUGGCUCUAAACUUGACCAAGUAUCUCAGACUGGAAGAAGAUUUUUUACCAUGGCAGAGAGUAAUUUCAGCCAUAACCUACAUCAUUAGCAUGUUUGAAGAUGAUAAAGAGCUAUACCCUGUGAUUGAGAAAUACUUCCAAAGUCAAGUGAAGCCCAUUGCAGAUUUUCUGGGAUGGAAUGAUGACGGAGACCACCUUAAAAAGUUACUCCGUGCAUCCGUGUUAGGGCUUGCGUGCAAAAUGAAAGAUCAAGAAGCCUUGGACAAUGCUACCCAAUUAUUUCAGCAGUGGCUAAGUGGGACUGUAAGGCUUCCUACAAAUCUCAGGCUUCUGGUAUAUCGGUAUGGAAUGCAGAACUCUGGUAACGAGACUUCAUGGAACUACACUCUUGAUCAAUACCAGAAAACUUCAUUAGCUCAGGAAAAAGAAAAACUGUUGUAUGGAUUAGCAUCGGUGAACAAUGUUACUCUUUUGUCAAGAUAUUUAGAUUUGCUCAAGGACCCAAACCUUAUUAAAACCCAGGAUGUGUUUACAGUCAUCCGAUAUAUCUCAUACAACAGCUAUGGGAAGAAUAUGGCCUGGAAUUGGAUUCAGCUCAACUGGGAAUAUCUAGUCGACAGAUAUACACUCAAUGACAGAAACCUUGGCAGGAUUGUCACCAUAGCAGAACCUUUCAACACUGAAUUACAGCUCUGGCAGAUGGAGAGCUUUUUCAAAAAAUACCCAGAUGCUGGAGCAGGAGAAAAACCUAGGGCGCAAGUGCUGGAAACAGUGAAAAACAAUAUCGAGUGGUUAAGACAAAAUAGAAACACCAUAAGACAGUGGUUUUUGGAUUUACCUUAAGAACGGUUGAUGUGUCCAAAUAUCAUAUUUUAAUUUUGUGAAUCUAUUGUUUCUCCUAUUAUAGCUUUGGUGGCCGAAUUUAUAAGCACGGUGGAGGGAAACUUAUACGCAGAUACUGCUUUUGCGAAGUAAUGUGUUUCUGUGUCUUGCAAAGCUUUUAAAUUGUUUAUGAAGGAAGAUACUAAUAGAGUAGUUAAUGCACUCAGGGAUUUCUUCUAAGUGUACUUCAUAGGAGAUUCUUUGCAAACUACAGAGAAUUUAAUAGCCAUUUUCAUGUCUCUAACUAUCAUUCUUUGUAUCUUAAAUCUGUGAAAAUAGAACAAUUUGGUCUUAGCUUUACAUUUUUAGUACCAAAGAAACACCCCUUAAUCUUCUCUCUUGAUUGAAUUUUAAAGCUUAAAUACCAGUACUUGAGGGACCAAAGUUACCAUCUUAAUAUUUAUUUUAUUAUUCAGAAUUACACAUAUCUAAUAUCAUUGUAUUCACAUGUGUCUUACUCCUUUAAAUCCUACCAAAGUAACCCAGGUUUAAAUUUUACUCAAGGAUUGCAUGAAUUAACCAAAGAAAUGGCUAUUGCCUUCACUAUAAAAUCAACAAGAGAACUCUCUUCUCCUUUUUAAAGUAAAUCUGAAUGAUUAACCUGAAGAAAAUAUGUUGUUUUCCAGUGUCACUUUACUCUCAAAUAAUAAUGACUACAGCAUUCCCCAAAUAAUUGAGCGUGAGGCAAAUGCAGUUCAAGAACUUAGCCUUUUUCAUGCUUGGUACUCUGUCGUCCUGUUCCAUUCCCUACAAAGCUCCUUCAAAUAUGCUAUGACAUUAGAGGGAAGAUAGUGCUUAACUUUGCUCCGUGGAUUUUAGAGAAAAAAGGCUAAAUAAUUGGAGACUGGUCAGGAAAAAGAGAAGGCUGAUUAUUCCAUAAAACUAAAUGGAAUUAGAAUUUAGCUUUGAUCUAACCUAGCAAUCUAAGUGUGAAAAUGAGGAAACCCAUGUGUGUCUCCAGCAUGACUCUGCAUAUCUGAGGAUAUAUCUUCUUAUAGAUAACUUUUAUGUAUAAGCCCUUAGAUCCUAAUCCAUACAGAAUAGCACUGAUCAAAUUUAUAUUCGUGACUUGAUUAAAGACAUCAGUUUUGUAGAAGCUGGUGGCAAGAAUAUGUUUAAUAUGGCAUUUGAUGCCUAGUAGAUCCACAAUUUAAGUCCAAUAGACAGCAAAGAAGGUAAAUGACUAUAUUUCAGUCUGCUAUAUCUAGGAAAUCUAAAUUUAUUUGGAACUUUCAGAAGUAUAAAAUAAUUUAAGAUUGAUUUGAUGAUAAUUGAAGCACAUGAAAACAAUCAAAAUCUUAGCUUUGACUUUAUCUACAUAAUAAUGUGCCUUAAUUAAAUACUCUCAGACUUUGUAAACUUUCCUACUGCUAUUUUUUUAAUUAUUGCUUCUCAACCUACACAGCUAAACUGACAAAUUCAAAGCAGACUGGAGGGGAGGGAUUUUAAAAAAAAGAAAUUUCCAGACCAGAACUUUAAAAAUAUUAUUUUAAAUGACUUCAGAAGAAAAAGCACAUUGACACCAUAAAUCAUCAGGAAAGCCCUACUAUCCUCAUGAGGUUUAACACCCUAACUUCAAAUUAAUCACAAUCAAAACCAGCACUUGAAGUCUAUGUAUUGUUUCAAGUCGACAAAUAAGAAGGGUUUGUCCUGCUUUAUGUAAUAAACACAUUUAAAAAAAAAUAUAAGUUUGAGGGGGAUGGUAAAUAAAACAAUUCCAACUUGCCUCCAAGUCAUUCUGUUUCAUUCCAUUUUAAGCACUAACCUGGAAAAUGAAUUGUUUAGUUCUCUUUGCAUCACGUGCAAAAGAGCCGCGCACACUCUGUCAUAAUAACUUCACUAGUCCAUCAGGCCCUUCUCAAACAGCAUCUGCUUUUUAAAAGGCUGAUGACCGAUAGACCUAUGCCGAAAACAAUUUACUACUCUGCUUGCUUGGUUUGUCCUGAUUUCCACAAGGGAGGAAAAUUAGUAUAUUGUUUCCAAAAUUAAACUGUAGUAAGCCAUCAACUUUUAAAAAUUAAAUGGAAGAAAUGAUCAGCAAGGUCAUGUAGCAAGGAGCAGGGCAGUGCAAGGAGCAGGGCAGUGUUAUUGCCUUGGAUCUAGGCAGUCUACUCCUGUAUUCCAGAUCAUUGCCAUGCACCCACAUAAAAAAAAAAAAAGGAGCCAUAAAUAAUGACAAUAAAAGCAUCUACUGUGUAUUCGGUGAUUAUUAUUUCCCAUACAUUCAGGCUUUACCUGCAUUCUUGCAUUUCAUUCUCACAGCAACCCGUAUCUAUUAUAGGGGCACCUGGGUGGCUUAGUCAGUUAAAUGUCCAACUCUUGAUUUUGGCUCAUGUCAUGAUCUCAGAUUCAUGAGAUCAAGCCCCAUGUCGGGCUUUGUGCUGGGUGUGGAGCCUGCUUAAGAUUUUCUCUCCCUCUCCCUCUCCCUCUCUUUCUCUUUCUCUCUCUCUCUCUCUCCCUCUCCCUUUUUCUCUCUCUCUUUCCCUUUCAAAAAAAAAAAAAGAAGAAAAAAUAUCUAUUAUAUUACGUCUAUUAUAUUGUUUCAGGUACCGGUUGGCCUAGAUUCAGGAAUGGAUUUAGAAGACAGAUGGAAGGGGGGAGCCUGGGAGGCCCAGUCAGUUAAGCGGCUGACUCUUGAUCUCAGCUCAGGUCUUGCUCUCAGGGUUGUGAGAUCAAGCUCCAUGUUGGGUUCCAUGCUGGGCAUGGAGCCUACUUAAAAAAAAAAAAAAUAGAAGACAACUGGAAGAAAAAUUGAAUCAGGGGAUUAAUGGAUGGGGUGAAACACAUGGGGCAAGGAGAAUGUGGGAAGUCAUUGACUAACUUCAGCAAAUGACAAUACUUUGACCUGAUACUCCCCUGGAAAGCCUUUAAAUACUAUUUGCUACUUACCUGAAUAAAAUGUUUCUUUCCUAAUGGCAAUUUAGGUUGUCUGAUUUGAAUUGUAUCUGACAAUAUGUUAGACGUUGUCUAUUGUAACUGCGCUUCCAUUUCUCACAUCUUCUCUGUCCCCAUUCUCCUGUAUUGCCAAGCUGGGAUGCCAAAAAUGACACUUCCCUGGUUUUCACAUGAUUUAAGUUCUGCCAGUGAUAAGCACUUCUAUGAGACUUGAAAGAAAAGAGAGAAGAGAGGCUGUUCUUCCUUUUCAGGAGAGUGCAGGGGAAAGCAGUUUCUGGGGUAGAUGUGAGUUGACAGCUUCUGAACUCAUGUGUAUUUGCCACCUCUAUGGUGCAGGGAAGCUCUGAUGAGACACUCAUGGUUUACUCACUUCUGGAUGAUACUAGCAGUUUCUGAUCUCUGGAGAAGAAUGGUGGUGAUAUGCAACCUUGAAACCAGAAGCCUGGCACUAACCCUCUGACUUCUAUUCUUCCUGCACUGUUAAUGAUGUGUAAGUGCCUAAUGCCUUGUAUUUGAUCUUUUUCUGCUUAGUAUAUCUACAGUAUUUUCUGAACUGACCCUUGAAUGAUACAAAGUGUAACUACAGAUUUUGUUUGGGUUUAUGUUUCCAUUUUACCUUGUGCUCCUUUCCUGCCAUUGUCCUUAGCAUAUAAAAAGCUCCAAGGGGUGCCUGGGUGGUUCAGUCGUUAAGCGUCUGCCUUCGGCUCAGGUCAUGAUCCCAGGGUCCUGGGAUUGAGCCCCGCAUCGGGCUCCCUGCUCAGCUGGGAGUCUGCUUCUCCCUCUCCCUCUCCCUCUCCCCCUGCUUGUGUUCCCUCUUUCGCUGUGUCUCUCUCUGUCAAAUAAAUAAAUAAAAAUUAAAAAAAAAAAAAAAAGCUCCAAGCUGGGUCUGUCUGUUGCUUGGCACAGACUGAUGGACUGGAUUGACCCUCAGAGAGUCCAUUCCAGCCUCGAUGAGUUUUAGAAUAUAGGAGAAAUUAUGAAAGGCAGCAUUUGAGACAGAUUGAUAUCUGUAAUCAAGGAAAAAAAUCUGGAGUUGUAUGUUUUCCUUUUGUGUUGGGAUACAUAGGCAUACUAGAAUGCAUCACUGAUAAACCAUCAAACUUGACUUCCCCAAUUCCUCCAAUAUUAAACAUGGAGUUACCAAAUGAUGUGGCAAUUCCACUACUUGUAAUAUACCCAAGAGAAUUGAAAAUGUAAGUCCACACAAAAAUUGAUACAUGAAUAUUCAAAGAAUCAUUCAUAAUAACCAAAAAGUGGAAAUAAUCCAAAUGUCCAGCAGCUGAUGAAUGGAUAAACAAAAGGUGGUAUAGCCAUACUUUAAAGAGGAAUGAAGUAAUAUGAUAUAUACCUUAACAUGGAUGAAACUUGAAAAUAUUAUGCUAAGUGAGAGAAGCUAGUCAUAAUAAGCCACACAUUGUAUAAUUCUAUUUUUAUGAAAUGUCCUAAAUAGGCAAAUCUGUAGGGACAGAAAGUAGAUUAAGUGGUUGCCAAGGGCUCAGGAAGAGGAUAUGGGAAGUGAUUGCUAAUGCUUUCUUUUUGAGAUGAUGAGAAUGUUCUAAAAUCAGAUAAUGGUGAAGCACCUGGCUGGCUCACUCAGUAGAGCAUAUGCAACUCUUACUUCCAGGGUCAUGAGUUCAAACCCCAUGUUGGGGGUGGGGCCUACUUAAAAUUAAAAAAUAAAAUAAAAUAAAAUAAUGGUUAUGGUGGCACAAGUCUAAAUACACUGAAAACCACUGAAUUGUAAUACUACUUUAAAAGGUUGAAUUUUAUGGUACAUG